AGUCAAUGAUGAAACUCGGCGGCAAUGACUCCGUCCAUCGGCGGCGGAAAAAUAAAGUCUUAUAGCUAUAUAAAAGUACGGCGGAACUCUCCGCGGUCAGCAGUCAUCUACUGUCCUUUAACUAAGUCUGCUGGCACUGGUGUGUGUGUUCGGAGAAACUUAAGGAAAGUGUGAUAAAUUAUGAAGGUUUUUAUCAUCCUCUCCGUGGCAAUUAGCCUUGCGGUCGCGGCAUCAUCAUCAUCUAUUGACCCGGACGGCCAGGGUAAAAAGAUACAGAAACGUGGUGUGCACCAUGUGGAAAAAGUGAUCGUCACCAAGAAAGUCCCGGUACCGUAUCCCGUGAAAGUGGAGAAGAAGGUCAAGGUGCCGGUUCCAUUCCCGGUGCCAGUGGAGAAGAAGGUUCCUGUAAUCAUCGAAAAGAAGGUUCCGAUCUACAUCGAGAAGAAGGUUCACGUUCCAGUUGAUCGUCCAGUGCCAGUUCCCUACAAAGUGCCAGUGAAAGUUCCCGUCAUCCAAAAGGAAUACGUUGAAGUCCCCAAGCCUUACCCAGUACACGUCGCGAAACCCUAUCCAGUGUACGUGAAGAAGCCAGUGUACAUCGAAAAAACCGUUCCAGUGUCGGUUAAAAUCAAGCAUCGUAAGCAUUGAUUCCGACGGUGGUUGCUAUAUUCCUAAAUGAAGUUCAAAUGUGUCGUUAAGAGCUCUGUGAUUUUAUGUGUAAGAAGCGUGUGAAUGAAUGUCUUGUAAAUAAAUAAUUUUACCAAAAAUA